UCGAUAUCGCUGGCCCGCUAUAAGCCGACUCGAGUAUUUUCAACUAAAUGACAAUUAAUAUAAGAUCUAAUUUUGCGUAAAUGAACAAAAUAAACUCAGAAAACGAUUUAUAUGCUCGACAAAUCUAUAAUUUGUUAUAAAUAUGAAAUACAUUUUAAUUGUUGUUUAGUAGUUUGACAACAUUUGUGCGGUGCGCGCGGGCUGGUUUUCGGAAAUUAAUCCUUUCGCAACGACUCAGGCUGUGAUAUGAAUAGUGAAAAGUGUACUUUUAGAGUGAACGUAAAAUUCUUCGGUUGGAUUUUGCUUUAAAUGAAACGAUAAGUGUGUCAAACUAAAUGUUAAAAGUUCUUGCUAAUUGCAGUUGGAUUGUUAAUUACUGCUGGGAGAAAAAAUGCAAAAUGUGUGUCUGUGAGUCCGGUAUGAGAUCUUGGAUCGAGAUUUUCUUUAGCUGCUAGGGACUGAGAAUGUGUUACGCAACAAAUCGAAUAAUCGACUAGAUCACAAUGUAUUGUGCAGAGUAGGAUGUGAUAUAAACUGACCUCAACGGACAACAUUGAGAUAUUAAUGAAGAUAUAUGUGAUACUAUUACCCAUGAUCUCAUUGGACUACUCAAAAUGUGAUUCAACCGUAUAGCCUUACGCUCUAAAAAUGUACGGAACCUCAUACUCAGAAGCUUCAUCAAGCAGUGCAGCAAUGGCAGCUAACACCACCACCACCUGGUCCAACAGCAGCUCAAAUCCGCCCAUGUAUGGAACAAAUCCGGCUACUGGACACCAUCUGCCUCUACCUUAUACCACAUUUGAUCCAGGGCCAAGUACCUCAUCUGUUUAUCCACAGCACUCUAUGUUCCAGUUCGCGCCUUACCCGGCUAUGCAUAUGCCUUUUGACUAUCCACAGUGCUCUCAAAAUCUUGGUAGCCUAUCAACUGAUUACAAAUCUCUGUACUCCAAACCGACAUAA